UGUGUGUUGUGCAGGACUCCGUUUAGCUCAGCCUCCCUGAAGAGAUGUAGACCGUGCCUGGCUCCCGCUGACGGCACAAAGAGCCAUCUGUGCGUUACCACUGGCCCUCAUGUGGGGCACAGCACAGGGUGUGGAGUUUCUCCGAGACAAACACGGGAAUACCCGUGUGAGCAGGAUCUCCAAAGUCCAGGCUGAGUCACUGCUCGGUGCUGUUCUGAUACCAGCCUGGCCGUCAGGCACACUUGGCUGCUGCUCAGGCAGGAAGGUGAGCUGGUUGCCGGUCCUGGUCUGGUCCGAUUUGUUGUGUGGCUUUGGUAGAACGUCCUCACAUGAACACCUUAAGCCUGCCCCUGAACAUCCGCCGGGGAGGGUCCGACACCAACCUCAACUUCGACGUGCCGGAUGGCGUCCUGGACUUCCACAAGGUCAAACUCACCGCGGACAGCCUGAGACAGAAAAUUUUAAAGGUGACAGAGCAGAUCAAAAUCGAGCAGACCUCCCGGGAUGGGAACGUGGCCGAGUAUCUGAAGCUCGUGAGCAGCGCAGACAAGCAGCAGGCCGGGCGCAUCAAGCAGGUGUUUGAGAAGAAGAACCAGAAGUCGGCGCACUCCAUCCUCCAGCUGCAGAAGAAGCUCGAGCAGUAUCACAGGAAGCUGCGGGAGAUCGAGCAGAAUGGAGCCUCCCGGGGCACCAAGGACCCGUCCAAAGACAGCCUGAAGGACAUCCAGCACUCUCUGAAGGAUGCCCCGGGGAAGUCGCGGACUGCCCCGCACGGCCUGGAGAGCAGCAAGUCGGGCAUGCCGGGGGUCUCCCUCACGCCUCCCGUGUUCGUCUUCAACAAGUCCAGAGAGUUCGCCAACUUGAUCCGGAAUAAGUUCGGCAGCGCCGACAACAUCGCUCACUUGAAGAACUCCUUAGAUGACUUCAGACCGGAAGCGAGUGCCAGGCCCUACGGGGGCAGCGCCACCAUCGUGAACAAACCCAAGUACGGCAGUGACGAUGAUUGUUCGAGCGGCACGUCAGGCUCGGGCGACAGCAACGGGCACCAGGCCUUCGGGGCGGGUGGGACCGGCCCGCUGGACAGCCAGGCAAAGCUGGCCCUGAUUCUGGAGGAGCUGCGGGAGAUCAAGGACACCCAGGCCCGGCUGGCGGAGGACAUCGAGGCGCUGAAGGUGCAGUUCAAGAGAGAAUACGGUUUCAUUUCUCAGACCCUGCAAGAGGAGAGAUACAGGUACGAGCGCCUGGAAGACCAGCUGCACGACCUCACAGACCUGCACCAGCACGAGACGGCCAACCUGAAGCAGGAGCUGGCCAGCGCUGAGGAGAAGGUGGCCUACCAGGCCUGCGAGCGGUCGCGAGACAUCCAGGAAGCCCUGGAGUCCUGUCAGACGCGCAUCUCCAAGCUGGAGCUGCACCAGCAGGAGCAGCAGACGCUGCAGACGGACACCAUGAACGCCAAGGUGCUGCUGGGCAAGUGCAUCAACGUGGUGCUGGCCUUCAUGACCGUCGUCCUGGUGUGCGUGUCCACCGUGGCCAGGUUCGUGUCGCCCAUGAUGAAGAGCCGCUUCCACAUCCUCGGCACCUUCUUCGCUGUGACUCUCCUCGCCAUCUUCUGUAAAAACUGGGACCAUAUUCUGUGCGCCAUCGAGAGGAUAAUAAUACCCAGAUGAAGCCACUGCUUCGGCCUUUCAGUACCCUUGAGUUUUUGGUGUAAAGGAAAACUCUGUGCAUACUACCAAAUUCCUGAGUGAGCCCGUUGUGUGGGUGGGAGGCACAGGGACCGGAGGGUGUGGUGUACGUAGCCGAAGUUCUGCGCACUCCACACUUGCCCCUCGGUCCCCGUACCUGGCUAAUGUGAAGCUGCUCCAGAGCUGACCCCAUCUUGCUCACUGCCUUAAUCAGACCCGAUUUCCUGCCCCCGUGAGCCCAGCAUGGAGAACCCUUGUCUGUGGAGCACCUGGCAUAGCUAGAGAACCGGAAGGAGAGGGAACUCCCCGGCCGCAUUCCCUCAAACCUCUGUCUGUCCGACUUGAGCUUCACAGUCGCCGAUGUUGUGUUUUCCCGUGUCCUUUGAACAGCAAGGCCGUGAUGCCAUUCAGCAGCGCGACAGUGCAGGCCUCGGCUUCGCUGGGCUCCACGGCCUGCGGGAGUGUGUGAACCCCUGUCGUCGUCCCCCCCCCC